GUCACCAAAAAAUACAUCUUGAAAAAAGGGCUUCAGUGGGUUAUGACUAGGUCAAGAGACAGCCUAUGUCUACCUUUUGGCAACCGAUGACAAUCGAACUAGACCUGGAAAUGUACUCAAUAUGGCAACAGCAUUCAAGUUUCAUCCCACCCUCUAUCUUUGUCGCCGAUAAUUUCGUUUGCACACUGACUUCAAGGAACUUUUCCAUUAUCCUCAUAUACCGGUAGGUCUAAUGGAAUGUAAAACUCCACACAGACACCGUUAACCUUAGCCUCAAACUUGACAUUGAAGACAAUAUCACUGAUUUCUUUUUCUUUUUUAAUUUAGGAACCUUUACGUAUCCUCUGUCUAAAUGCUUUGGCUCUGGUUGUAUCGUGGUGGCAUGUGGACUCUUAAUCGGCAGUGGAAUCAUCGCUUCUUCCUUUGCCACCAGCGCUAUCCAACUCGCCUUUAUUUUACCGAUUACUGCAGGUCUCGGUAUCAGUGUAGUUAGCACUUUAGCGCGGAAAGUCAUCGGGGCAAGCUUCAGUAAGCGGUACGUGAUGGCCAGCGGCUGGGCCCAGACAGGUGACUCUUUUGCUUUCGUGGUCAUCCCACCGUUAACUGAACUAUGUCUGACCACCUACGGUUGGAGAGGCAACCUGCUGAUCAUAGGCGCUGUCUGCCUUCAUCUUGCCCCAUGCGGUGUCCUUCUAAAAAGGUACAAGCAUACUGAUGAAGGAGAGCCUGAAACGUCACCACUUCUAACUCUCGCCAAAAAUCCGCCGGGUUGCAAACGGUCUAGCGAGUUGAAACCGCUUUGUGAAAACAAGACUACAAGUUCCACUAUGGACCUAUUCACCAAUCCUUUCUAUUGGAUAGCAGUGGUUAUUUCCACAGGGACGCACGUAACUUCAGGCCUAUGGCGCAUCUACUUUGUGCCCCACGCUAUUGCCAAAGGUGUGGCCCUACAAGAUGCGGCUCUUUAUGUCACACUGGCGGGCUCUACCACUUUGAUCCUGAAAAUCCUGCAUGGCCCCAUCGUGGAUAGGGGUCUGAUGAGCUCUCGGCCGUUGCUGGGUGUCGCAGCGUUCAUUGCCACCACAGGCCUGAUCAUUGACCCGUGGAUGAAUUCAGACUGGCAGAUCGCAUGCUGCGGGGUCAUGGUUCUCCCAUUCACGGGCAUUUGCUUUAACCUGUCUGACGUCAUAACAAAAGAGUUACUGGGAACAGAUCAACUGGACAAUGUUUUCGGCUGGAUCGGACUGAAGUCGGGAUUAGUCCGAAUUGCAUUGGGUUUCGUUCCAGGUUGGAUCUACGACCAGACAGGUAGCUACGAUGCUGCUUUCGUCAUGAUUGGCUGCAUGCAGUCGUUGACUUUAAUAGGCCUCGCUGUGCUGGUGUAUAUGUCCCGGACGGGCAAUGAAGGCCAACACUCCUGAAUGGGGCAGUAUCCACCUGGAUUAUGGCUGCUACUCGGCUACAUGAAACUUGGCCCAAGCAACUGAACAGAGAUUAACGGCUUACUUACCAGAACGACAACACUAUGAGAGAUCCUUCGCUGGCCAGCGCACAUUGUUCACCGUCUUUGCAUGUACAUGUAUUAAAAUAACUAGCGUAGCCCAUACAAUACAAGGAAAGAUGGCGCCCAGAUGCCUGGCAUUUCUGUUGGUGCCUACAUCAAGUGCUCCCCUGUAUGUUAAAUGUUUGAGGUUUGGGACUAGAUUGUUCGGUUUGAGAAUGUAGAUGAAGUCUCACGAAAGUUUUAUUUAUUUUUUCCAACGGAUGUAUGCUGGUUUUCAGUAUACAUGCUUGUCAGCUUGGUAGGAGAACGAAAAUCAAAAAUUCUUUUAAACAUUAUUCAAACAUCAUUGUAAGCUUACCUUAAGGAUUGACACCAGUAAUUUUCAACAACUGUGUUAAUUUUAUAAUAGUAAAAUAGUAUUAAUUCCAUUUUCUUGCUUGUAAUGUUUAUCUUUACUAUGUUUACUGUGACCUUUGGUGUACUGAGAUGCACACACACCUUCAUUUUGGCAAUUAUAAUCAUUUUAAUACAUCUGCACUCCUUUUGCCUGCCCAUUAUUUCCUCCAUAGUUUCCUGUAAAAUGCAUUUUAAUAUUUUAACAUAAGCCUUUUGCAUGCUUUGUGAUGGUGUCUAAAUGACUACUGCCAUUUAUCGCAUCAUGUUGCAAACAAGAUGUACAAUGUACAUGUUCAAAACAAUAACAACGAACUCGUAAUAUAUCCAGUACUAUCUAGAUGAAUCCGCAUACAAAAAUGAGACAUACCACAAUAAAGUGUUACUCGCAUAUUU